UUGAUUUUUGAUUGUCUACUCUUCUUUUGAUUCUGUUUUGUGAAUUUUAUGCUCUUUUCUUUUUUUCUUUUCGUACAUUCUGUGUGUGAUUGAUCAUUUUGAUUCUCGGAAAAGUAAUGGAUUCCAAAUGUUUUUGGAAAAAAGUCCGUUCUGUGUCUUGUCGCGUCCAGAAUGCCGUUUCGUUGCGUCCGUAACAAGCGAUUUUUGCCACUCCGCAAUGCCGGUAACGUCGCGGUCCGAUAUCGAGAUGUUGCAGACGAUAUUGCCGUUACUGACCGAUAACUUUUUCAAAACCUUGAACCAUUUUGUUGUUGGUUUUUUUUUUUUUUUUGGUGGUUUAGGUUUUCACGGAUUAUUAUAAUUUAUAAAUUUUUCUCUCUCUCUUUUGCUGAUUCAUUGCCUAAAAUCUAUGAAUCCUAGAUAUUUGAUAGGACACGGAUACAAUACGUCUAAGAUAUUUUUGUAAAAAACAAAAAAACAAAACAAAAACUUAUAUAUGGAUGCAAAAUAAAAUGCAAUUAGUGCUGGUGUUAAAGUGCGAUUAUGCAAAUGAUCUUGAGUGUUGUUAAAACACUGCAGAUAUGCAGACUCUGUUUUUAGUCUGCAGAUUGGGCCAGUGGUCUUGUGGAAAAUCUUGUUUUAUAAAAGGUUGGAUACCCCUUGCACCCAAUUUAAUACAGUUUUCUUCUUUGCUGAUAAAAGUAAAAAUAUUGGUAAAGAAAGAGUUGUUGAGUGGCAAAAUAAAUUUAUUCAAUAAAAGCAUGGUUUGAGUAAAGCUGUAUUGAAGCUGUUUUAAAGCAUGGUUGGGGCAUUUUUAUUUUAAAAUAUUAUCGAAUACAAAAAAAAUUCAGAAAAAUGGGUCAAACAAAUUAUUUUUAUGUAGCUGUAUCUAAGCUUUGUCCAGCCAUUCUAAGCCAUAUUUUAGCCGUAUCUAAGCCAUAUCCUACAGUUUUUUUUUAAAAUAUAAAAAACAUUUGGAUACUUUUUGGAUACGUAUCAGAGCAUGUCGGAGGAGUAUCGGUUUUCUGACACUCGACACCGAUGCUUUCCCAUUUUGAAGUAUCCGGGCUUCAUAGCCUAAAUUGUGAAUUUAUCUCUUUAUGAAAGGAUGUAGGUUGGAUACAAUUCCUUAGGUGUUUUUAGUGCUAUUCUCCAUUCAGAAUUGCAAUUUCACGUCCGGAACCUCAGCCAACUUUUAAUGUAAACAUUUAUUAUGAGGAAUAUCGAGGUGAAACUCCAUUUUUAAUUGGAGAAAAAGUACCAAAAGUGCCUAAGGAACUGCAUCUAAGUUUUUUUUUUCCUGAAAGGAUUUUAGUGUAUAGAUUUGAUUAAAUUAAAACUAUUUGUGUAUUAGUACUUAUAGUUAUAUGCUCUAUACAUGCAUUAUCUUUAUCUUUAAAUAAUAUCUCAUUUUGUAUGCAAUUUCUGCAGUUUCACAUUUUGUUUUUAAUAUGCUUAUGUUUAGCUAGCUCAAGCCUUUUUUGGUGGAACUUGUGUUUUGCUAAGAGAGGAAUGAUGGAGGAAAUUCCUGGGAAUGAAGAAGCUGCUGAGCCUCCAGCAUCAUCUCAAUCACCUGCUGAUGUGCCACAUAAUAUGGAAACAGAACAAAUGACUGCUACAAAGUAUUCUAUUAUCAGUAGGAAUGGGGUUGGGACCACAGGAAAACACUUACCUUUACUUGUGAAUCUCUUUGUAGUUGUUGUUAAUGUUCCAGACACAGUAUUUUUCCAGUAUAGUGUUUCUAUUAACUUUGAAGAUAAACGAGCUGUUGAAAGCAAGGGCAUUGGGAGAAAAGUGAUUGAUAAGCUUUAUCAAACAUACUCUUCUGAACUUGGUUGCAAAAGAUUUGUAUAUGAUGGAGGGAAAACUUUGUACACAGUGGGUCCUUUGUCGCUAAAUAAGUAUGAGUUCAAAGUGUUGCUGGAGUUGCUGGAGAAAUCAUUUACAAAACGGUAUGUCUUGUGUAUGACUGUAUUAUUUGCAUCAUGUUUUAUUUUUCCCUUAAAUCUCACUGUUCCAACUCUAGCAGUAGUGCCUACAACCGAGAGUGCUGGUGCUAACGGAAGCCUUCAUGAGGAAACUAAAAGAACCCCGUUAUAUUUUUCCCUUACACUAUUUAUUUUUUCUAGAUGUGUCAACAACUGUUAUCAUAAAACCUGCACCUGUAAUAGAAUCCCGUUAUAUUGCCUGGGAAAAGGUGACAAACUUGUACAUAUGGUUCAUGAAUCUGCAUUAAUAAUUGCCCGCGUUUUUUUUUUUCCAAUUUUUGGUAAUCUGUAGGCUAAAAAAAUGC